GGCAUCCCAGCCAACUUCAACAGCACCACUGAUGAUCCAUCAGGCAUCACCAACCGCACUAUUCUCCUCAAUGGCAAAGAGUUGGAGUGGGACAGUGAUUCAGGUGUUGCUCUCAAAAACUCCCUGGUGUUCUCUCCGGAGGCACAGAAGUUUGCUAUAGCCCGAGAAGUGGCCCGACUGGGGGCUGGGGGUCCCUUGUUUCACGCUGCAGUGGCUCCAGCAUGUCUGGCAUGGGCUUGUAUAUAUAGCGUAGCCCUCAAGCAGAUCUUUGGGCUCCAGGCUGGGUCCAUCAUCUUCAGGGCUGGUGUUAAUGUGGUUGCCGUGGGUUUAGGAGUCGUGUCUUAUAUCCUGGCUUCUGAUGCUCUGAGCCAGUGGUUGGACUAUAGCUCAGACCACCGUGCAGCAUGUCUGUCAAGUGAUUAUGCAAAGGGUGGCUUUGAGUUCUAUGACAAAAUCUUGACACGGAACAAGACCCUGCGCUCUCUAAUGGGCUCAAAAGGGGAAGAGAUGUACGCCCACAGUGGAAACUUGUUUCCUGGACAUCUGCUGCAACUCAGACAUGCCCCUUACACAUCUAGACGGGAUAGGAUUUUAAAUCUUUUAAAAAAUUAUAAAGUAUGAACUGUCUGAAAUGAAUAUAUUUAAAAGCAUGUAUGUGCUUACAUUAGCUAUUGGAUUCUUCCAUGUGAAAACCAUACUGCGAUACUGCAUUUGAAUGUGAGACUGUAUAUGUACAGUGCUUUUGAAAUGGUGCAACACACCUUUAUAUAACUUGUCUUCCCUUUCUCACAAGUAAACAAUUUACCUUAA